GGGGGAAGGAAAAAGCCUUGUGUUUUUGUGGAUUGUUAUUGGUUGGAGGCACAGAAAAUAGGAGGGGCCUCAGUGCUGCUGUUUCUGUAGACAGAGGCAGAAGGAGGGAGACAGUGUUAGAAAGAGACGGCAGAGCAGGACAAAUGAACACAGAGGGGUUCUCCCAGCAUCGGUAUGCCUGCCAUUAAGAUUUCAAUUCCAGACAAAGUUGAUGCUGUUAAGGCUGGACAUAGACUUAAAGAAGUGUUUUACUCCACCUUUGUGAGUACUGAUUUUUGACUUCUGUCAAGCCACCCCACAAGCCACCGACUUCUCAACAGCGUACAAUAUUCUGCCGGGAUCUUACAGUGAAGGACCAAAGAGAAGCUGACACACAAAUAGGUGCAGAUGGAAGCCUGGUGAAAGCAGAGAAGAUCCAACAAAGAGGGAAAAGCAUAAGAAGCAGAUUAUGCCUGAUCUUUCCCACAAUAUAUGUAUGCAGCUCAUUAAACGAUGAUUUUUCUCUGGAAGCUGUUUCAGUGACUUGAUGGACUACAGAUUGAUAAGCGCUUCACUCUGCAAUUUCUGCAUUUGCAUCCAACGUUGAGGACAUCCCAGUAUUCAUAAGUGCCACAUUUCUGGCAGUUUUCUCCUCUGUGCCUUUACCUGGGAACCCUUCAGAAGGUUUUGUACCUUACUAGUACUGUAAUUUUGCCAGAUCUAAGGGCCACCCCGGGGAGCUCUCUCUCACCUUUAUCUGGCCUUUCCGUCCUUCCUGUUUGAAAUGGAGCAUGGAAGUCUUUGUUUGGACUAAAACCAAGCUGCUGAUAAAACCAGCCAGCAACCAGACUUUUUCGAUUUAUCGUACCCUUUAAGGGGCCCCUUUAUGUGUUUUACUGCCUGAGAUCAUGAAUUCCUCCCUGGAUCCCCUGAACCAAAGCUCUCUGGACUCAAAUUUAUCCGGUCCCUUCUGUUUACUUGAAAUAGGCUAUUCCCAAAUUUUCAGCACCUGCCUCCUUGAAAUAUCUGUCAUUCUUUUCCUCACUAUCCUUAUCAUCUGUGGCAACUUGGUGGUGAUCUUUGUGUUUCACUGUGCCCCUUUGCUUAGCCAGCACACCACCAGUGCUUUUAUCCAGACUAUGGCAUAUGCAGAUCUGCUAGUGGGGGUCAGCUGCCUCUUCCCCUCCCUGUUUCUGCUCCACCAUCUACAGGGGCUGGACCCCAGACUGACCUGCCAGGUGUUUGGCUACAUGGUUUCAGUUUUGAAGUCUGUUUCAAUGGCGUCUCUCGCAUGCGUGAGUGUAGACCGCUACAUAGCCAUCACACGGCCUCUUACUUAUUCAUCUCUAGUUACGCCUUGUCGGGUGCGCUGCUGCAUCAUUCUAAUAUGGUUUUACUCUGCUUUGAUGUUCCUCCCGUCUUUUCUUGGGUGGGGGAAGCCCGGCUAUCACGGCGACGUGGUGAAGUGGUGUGCGGUUGAGUGGAGGACUAGUCCAGCUUUUACAACCUUCAUCGUUGCGCUGCUCUACGCCCCAGCCGCUCUCACAAUCUGCUUCACAUACGCCAACAUCUUCAAGAUCUGCCGACAGCACACUAGGGAGAUCAGCGAGCGCCAUGCUCGCUACAGGCCCCAGCAGCAGCAGGGCCCCGGAAUAAUUGUGGGAUCAGUCAUGAAGGAUUGCACCACAGCAGAGCAAGGACAGGUUUCCCGAUUGUCCCAGUAUCAAAGGCCCCAACACAACCAACCUCAGUACCAACAGUCUACAUACCCAGACAAGCGAUAUGCUAUGGUACUGUUUCGCAUAACCAGUGUGUUCUACAUCCUCUGGCUGCCCUACAUCCUGUACUUCCUGUUGGAGAGUGGAGGGAUAUACCACCACCCUGCAGUCUCGUUUCUUACAACGUGGUUGGCUAUCAGCAACAGCUUCUGCAAUUGUCUCAUUUAUAGUCUCUCCAACUCGGCUUUCAGAAAGGGCCUCAAACGCCUCUGCUCCUUCUGUCUGCGGCGCGGCAGCGAUGGCUUCAGAGUGGGGAACACUAAAAAGGCUUUUGUUGGUUCUGUCGAAAAGGGAUGUGCAAAGCAGUGGUAUGGAUAUGACAAUGGGGACAUGAGAGUUGGUACAACAUGUCAUGUGUAAUUCAGAUGUAAAAGGAAACACUGGUGUCAAAAUAACUUUUGAGCUAAAACGCCCAAAGUUACUGCUCUUUUAAAAUCUUUUAAAAUGUGCUUUUAAGAGAUGGACGAAGAUAUCAUUCUGUUGCUACUAUGCCUGGCUCUCCCCUGUAAAAGUCACAGCUGGCAAAGGCAGAGAAUAAGAGUCAAAAGCAUAGCAAUCUGGAAUAAAAAAGGGGCCCUAUUGGCCCUUUUAAGGUGUUUUUUAGUGAUGCAAACACAGGUUGAUAUGGGUGGAGGCUGACAGAUGAAGUGCUCUGGUAUGAAGAAUUUACUCCUGUGGGAGUAAAUUCUUUUGAACAAAAGGUUGGAAAAAAAAAUGUUAAUCUGCUGAUGAUGUAUUUGUGGAACUGAAUACUUGGCUUGUUUUUGCCCAAACAACCAAAUAAUCCAAGAACCGGAAAGUUCUCAUGAAAACUUUUAUGUGCUUCAUUUGGAACAAUGUGACCUUCGUCAUCAACAAAAUUGGUCACAUUGAACUAUAAGUCAGAUCAAGGACCCAGUGUACUCGUGAGACUGCGCUGAACCACAGCAAGCGGAUACAAACUGAAUCUUUAAAUGUUAUUUAUUGAUAUUGUUAAAAUGUCUAUUGAAUUUGUUGGUUUGCACACUGCACCUAUUGUUUGAUAAAAAUGACCUAGUUUUGGUGUAAGACUGCUCAACUGUCAAAAAAAUCGAUAUUAUAUUGAGGCCUAAUGAGCCACAAUCCAAUAAAUGAGUCAUUAAAUAAAUAAAAUAAUUCCUCAAAUAAUGAAUUAUUCAACAGUUUAAUUGAUAUUGUUGAAAUCUCAAAAUAAUUACUGUAACAUUUUGUAAUUCUUUAAGUUUUACAGUCCACGAUGAUAAAAUUAAGUGUAAACGUAAAUGAUAGAACAUUUUUAUGAAAUAAUCAAUCAUAUAAAUUAUGAAUAGAUUUUUAAUAUUUAGCGAUGCAUUAAAAUAGUAAUUUUAUUAUUUAUUUAUUUAUUUAUUUAUUCAUUCAAUUAUUGAGCCUUGAAGACAUGAAGUCAGUGGUUGGUAGCUAACGCUGCUAUAUAGUGAUUGGUCAGUAGAUGACUUGCUGUGCGUUAAACCAAUCCAGUGUUAGUGUUAUUUCAUGAUGGACUGUAUCACAGUGACUGGGAGAUGUUUUAAUACAUGUUGAAAUGAUUUUUCCACACUUUAACACAAUAAUAACAUUUUUAAUUUAUGAUUUCCACGUCAACUUUUUCAAUAAUGUAUUUAAUAAAUUACUUGAAAAAGUAAGCAAUUAUAUAUAAAUGUUUAUAUAAACAAUUUGUUUCCAGUUGCAUUUAAAUUAUCAUGCAGCUACUUUUAAUUACUUAUUUAUUUGACUGUGGCACUUCUCCCAUGAAAUUAGCAUUUUUACCAGUUUGUUGCACCUUAAUUUUUUAUGUAGCAUAAUGUGUUUUCAAGACCCAGAAAACAUGUAUUUUUCCCAUUUCUUGUAUGCAGAUUCUUUUGGGUUAAAUCUAUAGAUUUAUUUUAUUCAGAGGUAAAGUAGGGUUUCUACAAUGGCGGCUGUAAAAGUAUUUCUUAGGUCUGAAUACAUUUGGAAAAAGAAAAAUGUAUUGAAACAAAUGUAAUUUUUUGCUUUAUUCCCUAUCACGUUGUUUAAAUGCUCCAUCCGUUUAGGUACAUGUACCUUAAUUGAGUUUUUAAAAAGAAAGGGCCUCAAACUGUGGAUAAACACUGCUUCAGAUGCUAUUUAUUUAGAUGACUAAUCUUUAUAGGUGACUCAUAACAUUCGUCUUUGAGAUUUAAAACAGAGGAAGCAUCUUAAGAAAAUAUGGACCUAUAUGAUUGUAAAAGUAUGCAAAACCAUUCGAGCAUUGGUGAAGAUCUGUGUGCAUGUCGUGGUGUUUUUCAGCGCAGUAAUAAGAAAAAAUAGCUGAAGACGUAUUAAUGAGCCUAAUUGUACCUUUCCACUUGUAAAGUUGUGUGUAUUGAGCUUUCAGGACUCGUGUUAAUUUAAGAACAAACAUUCCUUAGCUUUAUCUUGUCUGCAAUGAUGUGCCAAAGAAGGUCUGUUGUACUAAGUGUAAUAUCUGCCAUCUGAGUGAGUUUACACAAUAUUAUCAACUGUGUACCGCACUGUGUCGCAUCAGUGAUGCCUUGUGUGCAUGUCUACGACUGUUUCUGAGUAUAUUGUGAUAUAAAGUUGCCUUUAUUUAAAAACCAAUAACAAUAAGUCAACUGUUGGGAAAGUAGGUUUCUUUAACAGCAAGUGAGGGCUACAUUAAAAGGCACGUGACUGUUUUUAGAUCAUUCAGUUUCAGAGGUUUAGUUUUACUCCUUUGGUAGCUAAAUAAUUUAAAGUAUUAGUGUUCCUUCAACUCUUCAAAGCAGUUGUCACUUUUUUGCUUUAACUUAAAAAAAAAAAAAAAAACAUGUACAUAAACCAUUCAAGCUGUUUGUUUUCUGUCUGGAACUUGUGUUCAUGUGUGAUUGAAGCCCAAUGGAGACAAUGAAUGUGUUCAGAUAUGCCCAGACUAGACCAUUGGCUAGAUUCUGACUGUUUAAUGUGUUUCGGGUCUCUGUACUGGUCCAAUUUGUAGUAGUACCUGGUAGAUGUCUUAGCUGUAAAGCAUUCUGAAAAAGUGCACCCGUCUUCUCUGCUACUGUCUUAGUAUUCUCCUGUUUACAGAAAUAUCUGACCGAAUGUUUAUCAGCGAACAUUUAUAUUAUUUUUUUAAUCACCAAGCUCAGUUUGUUCUUAGAAGUGAUAAAUAUACCAAUAUAUAUAUUGUCUUUAUAAAGAUGUUUUUUUUUUUUCCCAUUGGAUUGUAGGGUUUGUAGUUUUUCUGCUUCAAACAUGGUCAUUUUGAUCAUUUUAGUUUGGAAGGAUUCUGUACAAUAGCAGCUUAUUUUACAGUCCCUUUAAAACAAUACAUGUUUCAAGACAAUCCAUGAUGCCUAAAAGUGCUCCCGUUGGUCACAUACACUCAUUCCUUCCUUCCUGUCGUAAAAACAAUCAACUUAUUCGUUCUCACGGGAAUGACACUGAUGGCUGGAAGGAAAUUUCCAUGCCCUGGUUGGUAAAAAUAAUGGAAAACAUAAGGAUGUUUAGAGCUGGAAGAGCGUAAAAUGCAAAAAUCAUGAUUUGUAAGAACAAUUAUAGCCAUAUGGGUGAACUUCAACACUUUAAAGAGGUAAUUUUAUACUUUUGCAUUAAAAUUCAAACAGGUUACUUGCAGUUGCUAGCAGUGGCUCUGUUGUAUUUCCAGAAUACAUAUGUCUGUUACAUUAAACUCUCUAUUUAAUAUUAACAUAAAAAUGCUGUGGAUGAUUACAACUUAUGUAGAAAAUUUGCACUUGCUGCCUUUUUUUGCUUGUUAUUCUGGCUUAUUCCUUAGUUGGCCAACCAUUUUAAGUGGAUCCGCAGUAAGUUGGACUGAGACGACCUAGAAUUUUAUCUGUCUUGAAAACGAGUCCAAAUGGAGCUGCUUGGGUCCGAUACUGCACAUAAUUUUAACAUUUAAAUAUAGAGAAUUAUUUUUUUAGGUAUUGAAUGCUCUCAUUAUGGGUAUUUCUGUAGAACUAAACUAUUGCCGUUUAAUGAGCAACCCAAUAAUCUAAUAUCCCAACAUAUUCAAAAAUCGAAUGUUUAAAAAUUCAAAUAACUCCCAUACCAGAUGAGAACAGACUACCAAUAAAACAUUCCAGACAGGAGAUUCACCUUGUUUUUUUGUUUGUUUGUUUUUGCAUAUAAUAAAUGCUGUGUACAAUGAGACCUUGUAAGUUUUAGACUUCUACAAAGUUUGGCAUAUUUCAAACACCAAGGGGGUUCAAUUUGUUUCUACAUCUUUGGAGAGAUGUCUGCUUUUAUAUAGACUGUGAAUGUUGAGUUGAUGUUAAAAAGUCAAAACACGUUUAUUUAUGCUGUUGAUGAAUGUGAGUGGGACUUGUGGUUACAUGAUGCUCUGUAUGCGAUACGGUUUUGUGAAUUAUAGACGUUGUUUAUCUGUGCUGAAUAAAUAAAUCUGAUUUUA